AUGGAGAGGGAGAGGAAACUUAUCACAAUGGUAGUGACUAAAACAUUCAACCAUAUGUACAUUGCAAAUGAAAAGUCAGAUGAGGUGUUUGAGGAACUCACAAAAAUCUUGGUGAUGGUAAGUCACCCACAAACACUGGAAUAUUGUUCGAGGUUUGUGAUAUACCAAAGGUCGGUACCUCUUCUUAACUUUUUAAUUGAAAUAUUAGAAGAGAAAUAUCCACUUGAAGUGUAUCUGGACUUCAUUUACUGCGGGUUUAUUACGAUCAAAAUGCCGUUUGACGAGUUCAUCAAAUUUGCGGUGAAAAUUGAAAGGAAACUUCAAGAUGUGAAGAGUAAGGAAUUGGACAUUGAACACUCUUUAGUGUUCGACAUUUUUAUGGCACACAAAACACUUCUGAAAGUCACUAAUUCGAUUUCUAAGAACGAAAAUUUACAAGUGGUGGAGGAGAUGCAUCAAGCAGUAGCGUCAUUGCGAAAUUUAUCUUCGUCUGCACAACUUCCAUCUCCCAAUUCACUCAAUUACAUCUACCAAUUUGAAGGGUAUGAAAAGUCACUUUCUACUUUUGGUUUUCUGUGUUUCAAAGAGCGCCUUGCGUUAUUAAACGACGAGAAAUUCUAUUUGGAAAUUCUUCACUUUAUUGAAGCUCUUGUGGAGGCAAUCAGCACACUCUUUCAGAUCUCCCCACAAGUUCUAAGAACAGAGAAUAACGAAAAACCACGGUUUGGGCCUAAAGAACAGACAAAUAUCGACGUGAAGUCGGUAGGGAAAACCGUUGUCCAACUCUCUGCGGUGUUAAUGUUCCAUAAUCUCUACCACACAAAGAUCACACAAGUUUUGAGAACAAAUGCAAAGGUUCUUCGAGUGCAACCGGAAGAGAUGAUUAAUGUGAUAUACAAAAUUGCGUAUUCCUUAUACCGAAGCGAGAAUUACUACGGCGCGAUUAAUACACUUAAUGUGUUCUUUACAGUCAAGAAAAGUAUCUUCCCGACUUUCACUCAUAAACUCAUUGAAGACUCAGAAAAGAUGGUGUUAAUGAGUUCAAGGAAUGUGGGAAGUGAGUCGCCACAAAUGAUCAUUUCACAGUUUUUCAAUAUUGAAAGUCCGACGUUUCAAGACAAAGUCUUUGUGUUUGAGAGCAUCAGAGACUCUUUCAAAACUCAGAAGAACAGUAAAACAGUUUUGGAAUUGGUGAACGUCAUUGUUUCAACACUGGAAGACUUGAAAGAGAAUCAAACGAAACGAGUGCAUCUCUUUAUCUCCGAAAUGAUGAUUUAUUUGUUACUUGGACAGCUCAGGAUCACUACCAUUGAAGAGAAUGAAAGACUUGGAAUAACAACUUUCUGUGAAUUAGAGCAGCAAAGCUUUAAAAAGGACAAUCAAGGGUUCCAAGACAUUCGACUACAAGUCUUCAAAGCUAUUCUCUCACAAGACUACAAUGGAAUAGGAAAGUUAAUUGACGAGAUCAAAACACGAGAAAGAAGUAACGAAUUUUUGAAGACAAGUCCAAUUGAUGUCAACACACUCAUUGCAGUUGCGUUCUAUUUCAGGUUCAUCAUUUUCACACAGAAAGAUGGAACGAAUGAGGCGCAAAUAUUGGACUUAAUGAAAGGGUUGAGUUAUAUAGAAGUGAUAGACAACGGGUAUAAAGGGACAAAGGAAUACAAACAACGAGGAAAUAUGGUUGUAUAUGUCUUGACUAAAUAUGUUGGGAUGUUUUGUUUAUAUGGCGACUUGACAAGUUGGAUCAAGUCUGUGGACAUGCUACGAAGACUCAUUUUAGAAGCUCCACUGAGUGAUGAAGAGUGCAUUGAAUGCGAGUUUGAAUCCCUUCGGUGUUAUAUUGAAAUGGGAUAUACUGAUUUUACCAAACGAGUGAUCACUGAAAUUGAAAGGAAAAUCCAAACACUUCCGAAUGGAGAAGAGAAGGAGUUAACUACAAUCGAAUUUUUAUUAUUCAAGGCGUCUUUUUUACUUAAAACAGUUUCGAGGAAUGACACGGACUUCGAGAGUUUGAUCGACACAAUUGCGGAGGCAAUUUCUUUGUAUGAGACGCAAAAACGGAGUUCAUCGACGUUUGAAAUAACGCUACUGAAAGGGCGAUUUCUCGACAUUCAAUCGGGAUACAACGAACGGAUUGGAGAGUUCAAUUUGUCGUUUGACCAACGCAAAAGUGGGAUAGAAACGCGUUCAAAACUGAUUGAAAAAAUCGAGAAGAAUGAACCAAUCAAAAUGAAACGGUUGUUUUCCUCCAAUGUUCUGACAUUCCUCACCGACAUGAUCAACUCGUAUAUCCACUUUGGGUGGCUUACUGAAGUUCUCAACAAUUAUUUGGAUUCCUUGAAAUGCUACAACUUCUGUUUUAAACUUUGCCAGCUAUUCUGUUCAUAUGGCCGACAAAUAGAGAUUCAAGGAGAAAUUGGAGAGCUUGAAAUGAAGUGUGGGAACUACGAGAAGUCGAUUGAAGCAUUUACUUUUGUCGACCAAAUAUCGAGUUCCAUCAAAAGGUAUGUGUCUGUUAAAAGGCAACUCAUUAUGAUAUUCAUGCGCCUCGGCGAUUUAUAUAACAAGACGGGAGAGCUUUCAAAGGCACUUGAAUAUUAUCAACUGUCCAAGAAAUUGGUUGAAGAAGUCAUUCAAAGUGACAAAAUUGAGCCGCUCAAAAUAGAAGUUGGCGACUCGACGAAUCGUGAAUUCAAUGUGAGACAAUCGCUUGAUGGGAAGAUGCCCAAAAAUUACGAGAACAUGGAGAGCUCGAUAUUUUAUGAUAAACCAAAGAAGUUGAAGCGAUUAAGUGAAGUGAAACGUAAGACGGAAAUUAAGCGCGAGAUAGUCCACCGUAAAACUAGUAAGACAAAAGAGGUGUAUUACGCCAUUAAAGGGCGGAUUGAUUAUAAAAUUCUGAAGCUCACACAACAAGCGGAGAGAGGGGAGAAGGUGAUUGAAAUGUUUUAUAAAUUACUUGAAACCGAUGAAAUCAGUGGGAUCACUCGUGUGUGCAUUUUGAAUGAGAUUGGUCGGCGAGAAAUUGAUAACGACCGGAAAGACAUUGCAAUCGAAGUACUAGAUGAAGCACUCACAAGUGGGAGUGAGUAUGGUAUUCCAAUUCUUCUUCACAAGAUAUACCAUAACAUGAUUUGUUGUGUCGAAGAUGAACCCCUUCGUGGGUAUGCCAAUUUGAAAUCGAUUGGGUUAUCGUAUCGAUUACGAUUUCCUGUGGAAAAUGAGGGGCAAGACUUACACGACAUUUUGAAAAGUGUUUCGAGUAGAAUGUGUCUUGUAUGUAUCUCCAGUGAAAAUGAAAAGAAUGAAAUUGCGAUCAGUCAUUUGAGUCUGAAUUACUGCGUCACAGUCAUUAAGAAGACAAGUCGUGGUCUUAUCAAUGACACUACAAAAAGAAUCAACGAAAUUGAAGGGGAAAUCAGAGACGCGUUUGGUGGUGUCAGUGCGCACAUGAAAGAGUGUGAGAAGAAAAGUCAUUGGAACAAAGUGCAUAGCAUUGACCAAGAGAUCGAAAGUGUCACUGAAACGAUGAGUAAAGAGGUAUUAGGGUAUCUCCGUGUGUUACUCUUUCCCGUCGAUUUUAAAGAAACUGAGGAUGUGGAUGUAUUCCUCCGUUCGAUCAUACACGAGUCGAUGAAUUGUGACAUCAAAAAUAAGAGCUUAUUCUAUUCGAUCAUUCGUCAUAUCGAUAUUUUGUCGGACGAAGAGGUGUUUGAUGGGGUUGAGGAUGUCACUGGGAAGUUGGUUGGACCAAUUGAAGGGGAGCUUCUCUUGCACCGUCUUCGUCAGAUCAAGUUACAAGAAGUCGAAGACAAGCCUGUGCAUGUUGUGUUGAUAUUAGACAAACAGUUCCACAGAUUGCCAUGGGAGGCGAUGAAAGAUGUGCAAGAUGUUAUGUACUCCAGACUUCCCUCUUUUGAACCGUUCAACACUAUUAACAAGAGUGAUGACAAUAUGUUUUAUAUCGACAAAAAGAAGGGCUUCUAUGUACUCAACCCAACACAAGACCUAGUAAGGACUGUCGAACGUGUUGGACCCGUUCUCAAUAGUAUGGGGUGGAAAGGCAUUACCAAUAGUAUACCCGACGCUGAUGUGUUUUUGAAAGCACUUGAGGAGAAUGAUAUACUCAUGUACUGUGGUCACGGAAGUGGUGAGCAGUUUGUUCCUGGUCGUCGCAUUCGGAAAUUGAAACGGUGUUCCGUCUCUAUGAUGAUGGGGUGUAAAUCGGUUCGAAUGGAGCAAAGAGGUGAGUUUGAUCCCAGUGGUGUUCCUAUCGAUUAUUUAGUUGCUGGCUCUCCAAUGUGUUGUGGGAACUUGUGGAGUGUUCCUGAUAACGAUUUAGACACAAUGACAUUAGAGAUUUUAGAAUGGCUUAAAAGUGAUCAAGAGGGGUAUCUGAUCGAUGUAAUCAACAAAGCCAAAAGAAAGUGUAAGAGUAAGUACUUUAUGGGAGCUUCGAUAGUGUGUUAUGGGUUUCCCAUUCUCAAGAAAUCCAAUUGA